AUGGAAGAGUAUGAAGAGUUCUGUGAAAAACUUGCCCAAAUCCAAGAAGCAUCACUGUCCACAGAGAGCUUUCUGCCCGCUCAGUCUGAAAGAAUCUCGCUGAUUUGCUUCCAUGGACUGGCUGUGCUUUCUCCACUGCUUAGUAUUGAGAAGAGAAAGGAAAGGCAACAAGAAAAACAGAAAACACUCAAUGUAGAGGCAAGGAAGCAGGUUAAUAGGAAGAAAGCUUUAUUGACUCGUGUCCAGGAGAUUCUUGAAAAUGUCCAGGUUGGAAAAGCACAUAAAGCCAGUGAUUUUGAUCAGUGGGAGGCCAGAACAGUUUACUCCAAUUCAGAAGUCAGAAACUUGAAUGUUCCUGCUACAUUUCCAAAUAGCUUCCCAAGCCCUACUGAACACUCUACUUUAGCAAAGUUUGAAAAGACAACCAGGGUUUCACCCAUUGAUAACGAGCACCAACAGAAUCCUAAUGGGAUAGAGUUAGCUAGAGAUACAGAAGGAUUUAACUCUCCAGAGCAAUGUGAUAAUUCAAAUAGUAGUCAGGGUGAAACUGAAACAUCUCCAAAGUUCUCCUCAGAGACACCAAAAGGAACUCUCAUUUCUGAGGGUCUGGUCUCAAGGGCUGAAGAACCAUCAGUUUUGUUAGAAGUCACCCUGGACCCCUAUGUAAUGAGUCUUCAGAACCUGAUGAAAAAGUCAAAGGAAUAUAUAGAAAGAGAACGAUCUGGGUGCAGCCUGAGAAGCAGUGCAAGGAGGAGCAUCAACGAGAGUCCCUCAGACAAGGAAAAUGAUGCUGCUACAGUGAGCGAGUGUGUGAAGGAGAAAGCCCCGCUGACUGGCAAACGCUGUGGCUUGGCGAUUCCUGAUAAACUAAGCCUUAAUAAAUCAAAUGUUCUUCUCCAAGGAGCUUCCUCUCAACCAGGCAGCAGGAAUACAUCCGUUUUAGCUAGCUUUUCUAAAGUAGAUGUUCCUGUCCAAACAGAGCAUCCCACUGUUCCAGAUUCUGAGGCUGAUUUUAAAGUUAUUCCCACUUUUAUUACUGAAAAUAAUGUGAUAAAAAGUCUUACAGGUUCAUAUGCCAAAUUACCUAGUCCUGACCCUGAAAUGCAUCAAAGACAUUCUGGGUCAUCUUCAGCAUGUCAUAUACUUAUAAAUAACCCAAUAAAUGCCUGUCAGUUAAGCCCUAAAGGGGCCGGGGAUUUAGCUCACCCUAAAGGAAAAGAAGAAAUGGUGGACAUAAUCAUUCCAGAUACUGAUGAAAAAACAAGUGUAUCAGAAACUGUGCCAAAGUUACCACUUGAUUUAGCAGGAGUUUGUUCAAGUAAGACUUAUGUCAGCAAAAAUGCUAGUGAAACCAUAGAAGAUGUGGCUGUAGAUAAAUCAACUCAGGUGUGUCAGUCUUUGGGAAAUCAGUUAGAAAAUAAAGUUAGACAUGGACUUGCUGCUGUGGAAGGCCAGUUAAUAUCUGAUGCCCGAGGAACACACAAAAUGAAUAAUACUCCUUGUCCUACAAGGCCCAAAUUGCAGGAUCCAUAUGUCACUCCCAGUCAGUGCAUAGCAAGUAAAAACUUGGGAACCCUGAGUGGAUUCAGGUCAGGCAGUGUGUUAGAGAAAAACUCCUGCAAUUCGCAGAUGGAACUGAAUAAGUCUUACAGUGUAAAAAAUCCAUCUCCUUUACUGAUGCAAAACCAGAACCCUGGACAGCAGAUGGACACACCUAUGGUGUCCUGUGGAAAUGAACAGCUUUUGGAUAACAGCUUGGAAAAAGUUAAGCAGAGACUGUGUGUGGAUUUAGAUAUGGAUGGUGUGCAGAAGGAAAACUGUCCUUAUGUCAUAACCACCGGCAUGGCUGAAUAGGAGAGACAGUAUUUGCCAGAAAAAAGAUACCCUAAGGGAUCGCUCUACAUUUACAAGAAUAAAAUAUUAGAAACUAGCACAAAAGAAGGUGAGGAGCUACUAAAAAGCAAGAUGUUAGCUUUUGAAGAAAUAUGGAAGAGACUAGAAGAACAGCACGCCCAGCAGCUAUCCCUACUCAUAGCUAAGGAGGAAAGGGAACAGGAAAGACUACAGAAGGAAACAGAAGAACAGGAGAAAAUAUUAAAAGAGAAGAAGGUGUUUACGACAGAAAUUUCUGAAUUGAACAUUAACCAUAUGGUAGAAUUAGAAUGUAGAAAAAUAAGUGACUCUGGUUUGUUUGAAACAGUGCUGUCUCAAAUGGACUCAUUCUGCACUUCAAAUUCCCAUAGUUCUGGUUUCACAGAUUUCACCCUACAAUAUAGUUGUGGAUCGGCAAAUGAAGCACCCUUUUACCUCUGGGGAUCAUCAACUGGUGGCACUACCAAACUCUCAGUACCAAGGCCCUUUGGAAGGGGCCAACCUCGAUGGUCUCAGGUUUUUAAUCCGGAAGUACAAGUGAAAUUUAACAAAAUAACUGCCAUGGCAAAGGGAUUUCUUACUCGUGGGCUUCUGCAGACAGACAAGCUGAAGCAGCUUCAACAAACUGUAAAAGAAACUAUGGAAUUCAUAAGAAGCUUUCAGUCAGAAGUGCCAUGAAAAAGAGGCAUUGUCUCAGCACAAAACGUGUCCCUUCAGGAGAGAGUGUUGAUACAGUUGCGUGCUGCCCUGUAUGGUUUUCAUGACAUAUUCUUUGUCAUGGAUGCAGCUGAAAGAAUAUCUCUUCUGCAGCAUGAUCAAGAAGUUUGCAAAGAGAAAAUGCUCAGGCAAAUGGAUAAAAUGAAAAGUCCACGUGUGGCUCUUUCAGCUGCAACACAGAGGUCUCUCGAUAGGAAGAAAUACAUGAAAGGUGCUGAAAUGGGAAUGCCAAAUAAGAAAGUUCUGGUUAAACAAAGUCCUUCUGAAACAAGAGUCCUGCAGCCAAACCAAGGACAGAAUGCACCUGUUCAUAGGAUACUUAAUAGACAAGGGAGUAUAUGCAGGAAAAAUCCAAAGAAUUCAGCCAAAUGCUGUGACAAUUUAGGAAGACAACAUUCAUUAGGAUGGGGGGAAGUGAAAUGGGACAAAAUUCCCUAUGCACAGUGCGUUAUGGCCUUAUAUCAGAAUAAGGGAAAGGGUAAACCUUUUACCAAGAAAGGAAAACCCCUUCUGCUGUUUGAAAAUCUUCUGGAUGACAACCUGCUUUGUCUUCUUCUGAGUCCAGAAGAAAGGUGUUUUGCAGGCCCCAGCUCAGAUCACUGCCGAGCAGAGAAGAAAAACCAGCUGUGCUGGCAAAAGCCAAAAGAGGAAGUUGAUAGGCAGCAUGCUAAUCAUCCUGACAACCAGGUUUGGCUGCCUGCUAAACAGUCAGACCCAGGAAGCCCUCCUGAUGGGGACUCUAACACAGCUGCAGGGUGA